AUGACCGCAAAGCAAUUUCACGAUUUUCUAGCGGAGAUUAAAUUUAAGAUUUUUGAUCUAAUUUACACUAUUAAUCGAAAUAACACCGUUAAAGAAUUUCAAGAUUUUCCAAAGGAUGUUCAGUAUAACAUCCUCAAAAGAUUGCCGGUAAAGUCUCUUAUACGGUUCAUGUGUACCUCAAAAUCCAUAUAUUCCAUUGUUACUGAUCCAACUUUCGUGGAUUUAUGGCAUACCACUUCCGAUAUGGAGUAUCAUAUCUAUUCUCGUUGCACUUUCUACGACGAACAAACAUUUUUGCUGUAUAAACAUCUGUCCGGUACAGGUAAUGCGAUCACAUAUAAGAAGGAGUUCACUAAUGUCCCGGUUGGUGGAAGCCAUUAUGUUAUUGGUUCUUGUCACGGAUUGGUUUGUUUUGCUAAUGUUUUUCAUCAUCAAGGUUUAACCCUAAUUUUUUGGAACCCGUUUUUAGGUAAAUCAUUAAGCAUCCCUAUUACCCAUCUUACUGCCAAUAUACGAUCUCGUGCAUUAGGGUUUGGGUAUGAUAGGCGGUCUUUAGAUUUCAAAGUUGUUAGAAUCGGUGUUCUCCCUAACGACAGCAAGCAUGUUUGGGCAGAAAUCUAUACACUCCAUUCACAUACUUGGAAAAUAGUACACGGAUCAAUUUCACGUCCGGUAUCAAAAAUUAUGGAGCAAGGAAUUUUUACAAACGGGGUUGGGGUUAUACACUGGAUUAUGGAAAUUAAGUCUACACGUAAAUAUAAAGGGCAAAACACCACUGAGUAUGUUAUAGUGACAUAUAAUCUAGCCAAAGAAGCUUUCGGAGAGAUUAAAGUUCCGAAACAUAUUUUUCAUAAAUACAUGUACCUAACCAAACUUGUUAUAAGCGGAGAGGAGAAGCUUGCAAUAUAUCACAACGAUAGGUUUUGUAAAUUGUGGGUGAUGGAAGAGUACGGCGAGAGUGAUUCUUGGAAGAAAAUUUUUGGCAUCGAUUGUGGAGAUGCAUAUGGGAAGGUGUUAACUAGUCUAGCUAACGGCAAUAUUGUGGUAUCAAAGAGUGAUGGAAGUUCGAUAUUAUAUAGUCCAAAAAACAAAUCUGUCCGUCCAUAUAAAAAAGAGUUCGCCAUGCUCGAUUAUGUAGGGCCUUACGUUGAAAGCCUUGUUUUUCUAGGGCAACAACGUCUUGGAGGAUCUUGA